UCUUCUUCACAAUCUUCUAGUAACAAGGAUACGGCUUGGAAAUAUGUAAAACUAAAAAAUUCGAAAGAUUGAAAUUGUGUUGUUUUUGCUCUUUGUGGAAAUACACUUAUAUGGGGGGUAUUUUUCGAUAAAAAGAACACUUAGCGGGUAUUUCUAGAAAUGUAAGAGCAUGCCCACAAGCUACCGAAGAUACUAAAAAGGAGAUUAUAGAAUACAUGGAUAGCUUGCAAAAACACAAAGAAAAGAAGAAUGAAACGAAAAUUUGAUGAUGAUAAGGAUAUAUCAGAAGUUGGUAUGAGGCAAAGGGUUAGGGUUAUAAAUAUGGGUGGUAGUGUUGGAAAAAUAACACCUCUCUCUAACGGGCCAAUGGAUACAUUUUUCACCACUAGCCCUGAAAUUGUGGUUAAGGAGAGGAGGAAAAAAACAAAACAAACCACAAGUGAAAAUUGAUACAAGAAAGAAGAGAGGAAGAAGGUAUGUAAGUAUAUUGCAAAGUGGUUUUACAUGGCCGGUAUUCCUUUAAAUACUAUAACCCUCGAGGGUUUUGCAUGUAUGGUCUAGGUAAUUGGGCAAUUUAGCCUAGGACUUAAUCAUCCUACAUUACAUGAGAUUAGGAAGCCCUUAUUGAAGGAUGUUGUAUCCGAUGUUAAUAAAAUUUUGAUUUCUCAUAGAGAAGGGUGGGAGAAGUAUGUGGCAACUAUUAUGUGUGAUGGAUGGUCUAAUGGGAAGUCAAGGGAAUUUAUUAAUUUUUUGGCCUACAAGUACUUGUUUUAUUAAGUCUAUUGAUGCAUCAGAUAAGUCACACGAUGCUACAUACUUAUGUGACUUGAUGAAUGAGAUUGUAAAAUUUGUUGGAGAGAAUCAUGUGGUACAAAUUGUCAUUGACACUGGUGCCAAUUACACUGCACCUGGGCGCCUUUUGAUUUUGAGGAGGAGGCAUAUGUUUUGGACUCCUUGCGCAAUUCAUUGUAUUAAUCUCAUGUUUAAGGAAUGGGUAUGACAUCUAUAUUUAGUGGGGUAAUUUUAAAAGCUAUGUUUGUUGUUGGAUUUAUUUAUAAUCACACCAUUGUCCUUAACAUGAGGAGGAGUUUUACAAAGAAGAGAGAUAUAGUGAGACCCCGUGUCAUUAGAUUUGCCACAUCAUUUCUCACUCUUCAAAACCUAUGCAAGCAAAGAAAUGCCUUGAGGACCACGUUUGCUUCGGACUAAUGGCGUAAAAGUAAAUGGUCAAAGCAUCAUGAUGGGAGAAUGGCUGAGUAAAUUAUUCUCAAUACAUCUUUUUGGGAUCAUGUAUAUUAUGCAUUGGAGGUGGCUAGCCCGUUAGUGAGAGUGCUUCGAUCAAUGGUCAAGCAAAGCCUGCCAUGGGCUACAUACAUGAGGCAAUGACUAGGGAAAGAGGAGUAAAAAAAAAAUGUUUUAAAAGAUGAUGAAAAGAUAUGCAAGGCUAUACUUGGAAUUAUUGAUAGGAGAUGAGAUAACCAGCUUCACAGGCACCUCCAUUCAGUUGGUUACUUUCUAAAUCCAUCUCUUCACUACGAGCACCCAGAUAUUGAGUUUGAUCGUGUAAUAAAUGGUGGGUUCUUAGAUGUGCUUGAGAGGUUGGUCCUUGACAAAGAUAUCCAAGAUGAAAUCCGGAGCCAAGAAUUGAUCAAGUUCAAGUUAGCAUUGGGAAACUUUGGGAGAGAGAUUGCUACUCGAAACACGGACACUACAGAUCCUGCUGCAUGGUGGGCAUUAUAUGGAAGCGAGACACCAAAUCUACAAUGUCUCACCAUUCGAGUGUUGAGUUUCACAUGCUGCUCAUCUGGUUGCAAAUGCAAUUAGAGUGCAUUUUAUAGCAUUUUUGAGUAUCCCCAACCUACAUUCUGGAAUCUGAUGAAAGAACAUUGUGUGGAGCCCUUUUUUGUGUUCCAGGUUUUCUCUGUUGUGCUGUGGUGUUUGGAUGAAUAUUGGUAUUACAGCUUGUUUACCCUAUUCAUGCUUUUUGUGUUUGAGUCAACAAUGGUGAAGAGUCGGUUAAAAACUCUUACGGAGCUUAGACGAGUCAGAGUUGAUGGUCAAUCUCUGAUGGUGCAUCGCUGCGGAAAGUGGGUCAAGCUCUCAGGGAUGGAUCUUCUGCCUGGAGAUGUUGUUUCUAUUGGACGUUCUUCUGGUCAGAAUGGAGAGGAUAGGGCCGUUCCAGCUGACAUGCUAUUAUUAGCUGGAAGUGCUAUUGUGAAUGAAGCGAUUCUGACUGGCGAGUCUACUCCUCAGUGGAAGGUUUCAAUUUUGGGCAGAGGAUUAGAGGAGAAAUUAUCAGCAAAGCGAGAUAAGGGGCAUAUUCUCUUUGGCGGGACAAAGAUCUUGCAGCACACUCCAGAUAAGUCCUUUCAACUGAAAACUCCUGAUGGAGGAUGCUUGGCUAUUGUUCUACGAACGGGAUUCGAGACAAGUCAAGGCAAACUCAUGCGGACAAUCUUAUUUUCAACAGAGAGGGUUACUGCUAACAACUGGGAAAGCGGUCUAUUCAUUCUUUUCUUAGUUGUCUUUGCUCUCAUUGCUGCCGGUUAUGUGCUUACAAAGGGCUUGGAGGAUCCAACAAGGAGCAAGUACAAGUUAUUCUUGAGUUGUUCCUUGAUAAUCACUUCUGUGAUACCCCCCGAGCUGCCAAUGGAGUUGUCAAUAGCUGUUAAUACGUCCUUAAUUGCAUUGGCAAGGUGUGGUAUAUUCUGCACUGAGCCAUUCCGAAUUCCCUUUGCUGGAAAGGUUGACAUAUGCUGUUUCGACAAGACCGGUACUCUUACAUCGGAUGACAUGGAAUUUCAAGGAAUUGUGGGUCUAUCUGGUAGUAUGGAUCUGGAAUCUGAUACAUCUAAAGUCCCAGCAAGAUCAUUAGAAAUUCUCGCCUCAUGCCAUGCUUUAGUGUUUGUGGACAACAAGCAGGUUGGUGAUCCAUUGGAAAAGGCAGCACUGAAAGGAAUUGACUGGAUUUAUACUUCUGAUGAGAAAGCCAUGCCUAAAAGGGGUGCUGGUCAUGCUGUGCAGAUUUUACAGAGACAUCACUUUGCUUCUCACCUAAAGCGAAUGGCAGUUGUUGUCCGUGUUCAAGAGGAGUAUUUUUCUUUCGUAAAGGGUGCACCAGAAACCAUCCAGGACCGACUGGUUGAUUUGCCUCCAUCAUAUGUUCAGACAUACAAGAAAUAUACACGUCAGGGAUCUCGGGUUCUUGCUCUUGCAUAUAAGUCUCUUCCAGAAAUGUCGGUUAGUGAAGCCAGGGGCUUGGACAGAGAUGUUGUGGAAAACAAUCUGAUUUUUACUGGAUUUGCAGUCUUUAACUGCCCCAUCAGGCCUGACUCUGCCAGAGUUCUUUCUGAAUUGAAAGGAUCAUCUCAUGACUUGGUCAUGAUUACUGGUGAUCAAUCUUUGACUGCUUGCCAUGUCGCAAGCCAAGUUCAUAUCAUUUCCAAGCCAACAUUGAUUCUUACUGCAACAAAAAAUGGGGAUGGGUAUGAAUGGAUUUCUCCAGAUGAGACUGUGACUAAUCCUUACCGUCCUGAUGAGGUGGAUGCAUUAGCAGAAUCCCAUGAUCUUUGUGUAGGUGGUGACUGCUUUGGGUUGAUACAGCAAACUUCUGCAGUUCUCCAAGUCAUUCCUUAUGUCAAGGUGUUUGCAAGGGUUGCUCCAGAUCAGAAGGAGCUUAUAUUGACUACACUCAAGUCAGUAGGAAGGAUGACGCUGAUGUGUGGAGAUGGGACUAAUGAUGUUGGUGCUCUAAAGCAGGCCCAUGUCGGUGUUGCCCUUCUUAACGCAAUACCCCCAUCUCAAUCGAAUGGUCCUUCUUCUCAAGCCUCCAAGCCCUCAGACUCAAAGCUUGGAAAACCCAAGAAACCUAGAGCAGGAACUGAAUUAUCAACCUCCCGUGAAAAUGGGGAUCCUGAGCAAACCAGAACCAGGACACAGACCCGCUUAACCCGAACGGAUUCUAGUUCAUCUUCAACCAAUCGCCCUAUGACCGCAGCUGAGAGGCAGCAGCUCAAGCUGAAGAAGCUUCUAGAAGAAAUGAAUGAGGAAGGUGAUGGGCGGGCCCCACCAAUUGUUCGCCUCGGUGAUGCCUCCAUGGCCUCUCCCUUCACUGCGAAGCAUGCAUCUGUCUCCCCAACUCUCGACAUCAUACGCCAGGGGAGGAGCACGCUUGUUACCACACUCCAAAUGUUCAAGAUCCUCGGCCUCAACUGCCUCGCCACUGCCUAUGUUCUCAGUGUCAUGUACCUUGAUGGCGUCAAGCUGGGCGACGUUCAGGCAACAAUAAGUGGCGUCUUUACCGCUGCUUUCUUCCUCUUCAUCUCUCAUGCUCGACCCCUUCCUACUCUCUCUUCUGAGCGGCCACACCCUAACAUCUUCUCUUCUUACAUGUGUCUCUCGCUCCUUGGCCAGUUUGCAAUCCACUUGACUUUCCUCAUCUCUUCAGUGAAAGCGGCAGAGAAAUACAUGCCUGAGGAGUGCAUCGAGCCUGAUUCAGAUUUCCACCCCAACAUUGUGAACACUGUUUCUUACAUGGCGAACAUGAUGAUUCAGGUCGCGACCUUUGGGGUCAACUAUAUGGGGCACCCGUUUAACCAGAGUGUACGUGAGAAUAAGCCCUUCUUCUAUGCACUCUUUGGGGCUGUUGUGUUCUUCACUUUGGUCACCUCCGACUUGAUUCGAAGCUUGAAUGAUGCGUUGAAGCUUGUUCCGCUUCCUCAGCCAUUUGGGUCCAAAUUAUUGAUUUGGGCAGGACUCAUGAUAGCGAGUUGUUAUGCUUGGGAGCGGUUCCUGAGGUGGGCAUUUCCUGGGAGGAUGCCAGAGUGGAGACGGCAUCAGAGGCAGUUAGGAGGCUCAAAGAAGGAUGCAUGACUUUGAAUGAAUGAUGGUUUUGCCCCUGGUGAUGUGCAUGCUGUUGGAAAAAUGAUAGUUUUGCUACCGGUGAUGUCAAGGUCAAUUAGGCAUUUCUUAAUUUAUUCUUUUUGUUUUUUUGUUUUUCCCUGCUUUGCUUUUCUGAAAUCUGCCUUGGGUUCCCUUCAUUUGAAGAACAAGUUUCUUGGCUGGUGCAUAACUGAGAACGAGGGGCAUCGAUCUUUUUGAUAUUGUGGUCUAGAGUGUGUGAUAUGGGAAGUUAGCUAAACACAGCAGAGUUGUACCCAAAAUCAUUGGUGAUUCAUGCCAAGCAGGUUGCAUGUAUGUACACUAUAUAGUUCAUGAAAAAUGUGAAACACUCAAAAAUGUUUUUUGACUUUUUGUUA